GGAUGAAAUGAUUUCUGAAUCACCAGGCCCUGGCUGCGAUUAACUUCAUCCUCGCUGGGGACCAUGGGCGAGUUCUCAUGUCUGCAGAACAUGGAAAUAUAUCUCCCUCUCACAUCCACGCUUGUGGACAUGUAUUAGACUUGACUUCAGAAAGUAUGGAGCACUCAGUAUGAGAGCUGUCAUGACAAAAGUCGCCCUUUUGCUUGAAAGAUCCAAGGACAUGGAUCUAUUCGUGGCGUUAGUAUCGCCAACGAUGUCUUUGUCUGACCAUCCUACAUUUGCUUUGCUCGAUCUCAGUGCACCACGGUGGAGAAAGCUCAUAGUUUAUAUCCCCCGGCCUUGCCUGCGAGUGCUGUCCGGUACUUCAUUUAGCCGCCUCCAAGUCCUGUUUGGUACGGCAAUGCCUACAAAUCAGGAUGAUGUCGACACUCCAGUCAAUACAUUCCAGACGGCACCUUCUCUGCGGUUUGUCAGCAUAAUGAGUCAUGAAACUUGUGAUUCACUCCCUCUUCCUUGGUCCCGCAUCGAAACCUAUGACUGCAAUUCCCCGAACAGAAAUCAAUGGGACGGCCUCAAGAAGUUCACGGCUCUGAAGCUAUUACAGAUUGCAAGCCUAACUCAUACCUCCUUUGAUCCAUCAGAACUCCCGCAGAUCACUCUCCCUACUGUCACGUCCCUGCGCAUUUCCGAAUUCGUUGACCAUCCACCUAGGCAGAGAUCUUCGGGGUUCGGGGUUCCACUCUAAACUUGGUCCAAGACGGACUUUUGCCAUGGGUAGUGGUCGCACUGUUCCUGUCUUCAAAUCAUGUAUUGAGAUUUGCGGGCGAUUGUUAGAACGCUGUUGAUAAUAGGAAUGAGUCAUU